CGCGCGCGCUCGGAGCGAUGACGGACAGCCAGGUGCACGCGCAUUGCUCAUUCCCGACGCCGCUGGUCCUGAUGCUGCGGGCGCACGAGCAUCAGCAGCGCCACUGAGACGCUCGGAGCCUCGGAUCGGAUGGACUCGAGCCUCGAACGAAGCGAUGACAGCUGCUGACAGACCGUCACCGACGUCUCCGAGCCUCGGCCGAGCUCGUGAAUGAACGCUUACCCUCACCGAACCGCCCGUGUGCUUCUUCAUCAUCACCAAACCUUGCGCGGAUCUGGUGCUUUGACUUCGACUCCGAGUGGUUCAUGAGAUCUGCAGCUUGUCUUCCACGUUCUGGAGAGACUCCGGCGCUUUAAUCUGGAUAUGUUGAAAGGCACGUAAGGAUGGAUGGGAUUAUUAGUGUUUUGGGGUUCCUGACGCUCGUUUUGGAGGGCAUCUCAUGCCAGGGAGUGUAUGCGCCUCCUACUGUCCAGAUCGUGCACUCGGGUCAUGCGUGUAACGUGGAGGAGGAGCGUUACUCUGAGAGGGUUUACACCAUCCGAGAGGGAGAGACGCUCGAGCUCACCUGCCUGGUCACCGGACAUCCACGACCACAGAUUCGAUGGACCAAGACAGCAGGAAGUGUUUCGGACCGAUUCCAGGACUCCAGCGUGUUCAACGAAACCCUCAACAUCGCGAAGAUCCACAGACAUCAGGGUGGCCGCUAUUACUGCAAGGCCGAGAACGGACUGGGUUCACCGGCCAUCAAGUCCAUCAGGGUGGACGUCUACUCUCCCGCCUCCAUCAAGUUGCUGGUGGAGGAUCCGAUCGUGGUGAAUCCGGGUCAGACGGUGUCUCUGGUCUGCAUCAGCACCGGAGGAGAGCCGGCUCCGAGCCUGAACUGGACCCUCAGCUCCGGAUCUCUGCCGCAGAAGAGCCUGAUGAAGGACGGGACGCUCACGCUGCCCUCCAUCGCCUCCGAGGACGCCGGCGUCUACAGCUGCGUCGCCAGCAACAACGUGGGCAACCCGGCCAAGAAAUCCACCACCAUCAUCGUACGAGCGCUGAAGAAGGGUCGUUUCUGGAUCACUCCGGACCCGUACCACAACGACGACAACAUCCAGAUCGGCCGCGAGGUGAAGAUCUCGUGUCAGGUGGAGGCCACGCCGCCGGAGGAGCUGCAGUUCAGCUGGCUGAAGAACGGCCGGGCGUUACGCAGCUCUGAGCGCAUGGUCAUCACACAGACCGACCCCGACAUCUCGCCCGGAACCACCAACCUGGACAUCAUAGACCUCAAGUUCACAGACUUCGGCACCUACACGUGCGUGGCGUCGCUGCGGGGUGGCGGGAUCCCCGAGAUCAGCAUCGACGUCAACAUCUCGUCCACCACUGUUCCUCCGAACCUGACCGUGCCGCGGGGCAAGUCUCCGAUGGCGGUGCGGGAGGGCGAGACGGUGGAGCUGGAGUGCCUUGUUUCAGGGAAACCCAAGCCCAUCAUCCUGUGGUCGCGGGCGGAUAAGGAGGCGCCGAUGCCGGACGGCAGCAUGCAGACGGAGAGCUACGACGGCGUGCUGCGCAUUGUUAACGUGUCGCGCGAGAUGAGCGGAUCCUACCGCUGCCAGACCAGCCAGUACAACGGCUUCAACGUCAAGCCCAGAGAGGCCGUGAUCGAGCUCAUCGUGCGCUCAUCAUCUCUCCCUCAGUGCUCUGCCAUUUCUGCCAUCUGCUCAGAGCUCCAGCUGCCAGAGUCACAGUCCAGAGAGAGUGCUGAUCCGGCUCAGAUCCGCCUCAGAUCUGGCCCGGUUCCUCCCAAAGGGAGCGGCGCCGCUCUCUGCAGGUGUAAUGGAUCUGCGUUUGUUCUCGCUUGCUCUGCCAUUUCUGCCAUCUGCUCAGAGCUCCAGCUGCCAGAGUCACAGUCCAGAGAGAGUGCUGAUCCGGCUCAGAUCCGCCUCAGAUCUGGCCCGGUUCCUCCCAAAGGGAGCGGCGCCGCUCUCUGCAGGUGUAAUGGAUCUGCGUUUGUUCUCGCUUGCUCUGCCAUUUCUGCCAUCUGCUCAGAGCUCCAGCUGCCAGAGUCACAGUCCAGAGAGAGUGCUGAUCCGGCUCAGAUCCGCCUCAGAUCUGGCCCGGUUCCUCCCAAAGGGAGCGGCGCCGCUCUCUGCAGGUGUACAUCUGUGGGGAAAGCAUAUCCUCCAGAGUUUUAUUAUGACACCUAUAACCCGCUGUGGCAGAACCGUCCUCGUGUGUAUGGAUACAAGCUGCAGUGGACGCAGAUGAACCCGAAUACCGUGGACCGGAUCAUGGCGUACCGCCUCGGGAUACGACAGACGGGGCAGCAGCGCUGGUGGGAGCAGGAGAUUCCCGUGGAGGGAAAUAUCCAGAAAGGAGAGCUGAUCACUCAUAACUUGACGGAGCUCAUCCGACCCGAGGCGUACGUGGUUCGACUGACUCCCAUCACGCGCUUCGGAGAGGGAGACUCCUCCACCAGAGUCGUCACAUACAGCGAUCCCAUCAAUCCUCAUCUGAGUGAGUAUUUAUUCACUACUCUUUCCUUCCUUCGAAAACAAAGAUGCGGCUCCAAACAGGGCUUCUACAUGUACAUUGAGACGUCCAGACCUCGAAAAGAGGGCGAUACGGCUCGUCUCCUGAGCCCCACGUUCAGCGUGGCCCCUAAAAACCCCUACAGCAUCAGCAGCCCGCCGGCGUACUGCUUCAGCUUCUACUACCACAUGUACGGCAAACACAUCGGCACUCUGAAUGCGUUUGUGAAGCAGAAAGGUCAGUCGACUUCAGAUGCCGGUCCAGCCUGGUCUCUCAGCGGGAACCAAGGGGACCGAUGGAGACAAGCCAAAAUUAGCAUCCAUCCUACUGCCUCCUUCCAGGUGAUGUUCGAGGGCAUCCGCGGCCCCGGGAUCGAGGGGGACAUCGCCAUCGAUGAUGUCACGCUCGAGGAGGGGGAGUGUCCUGACCCUCCGUCCAAUCCGAUCAGAGGAGUGGCUGCACACAGCGUCUCCAGUAUAUGGCCAUUGAGCGUCACGCUGUUUUUUACCGUAUUCAUCGGUCUGAGGUGACGCUCCACGUGAGAAAAGACUCCAGACAUGUCCCUCAAUAUCUAAUCACCAAAGAUUCAUGCUUUCGGAUCGCUGAGAAGGCACAACACCGGAUCCACACGGAACGAAACGACCACAAACAGAAUAACUAAUGCUAAAAAUAAAUUCUCCAAUGUCUGGAACCAACCGAGGGUUUGAACACUGACCUGAAAAGCACAACGGCUCGCAAUCGGGAUUUAACGGAAAGAGAAGCGAAACCGGUUUCGCGAAUGAAGAUUGAGUUUUACACACGAUUCCCCUUCCCUUUUUUCCCAUCUUGAGAUGUUGUUGUCUGGUGCUUUGGAGUACAAUCAACAAAACAUCUCAUCUUCUUCUGGUUGACCGUCUCUUGAUUUGUUCUGGGUUUGGUUUGGAUCGCUGCUUUAAAACGCAAAUCAUUUCGCUUUAUUCCCAGACUCCAGUAGCAGCCUGAUUUCUCAACACUGUGCUCACGUUCCCAAGCGGAGAACCUUGCGGUGAAAAGACUUGGUUCGUCAUCGUUCCCAGCACCAGUUGAGUGACAGAGUUUCUGCCAUUAAAAAAAGAAGUGCCUUCAGGUUAAAAAACCGAUCCGUUAGCCUGGCCAUCAACACCAAACGUCCAUGUUUCUAACAUCUGCGAUGGGCUAUUUUAUACUCAUUUCUAUCGCCCCUCAACGCUCUCCAUCCCGAACUGUCAUGCCUCUGUCAUUUAUAUACCGAACAAUGUGCAUUCUGAGAGAAAAAAUACAAAAUAUUCAUAAUUAUAAUAAUAUUUUAUUACUCUACCCAGAAUGUGUCUCAGCUUUUACACACGAACUGUGAAAAUCGUUGGCGGUAUCUACCUGAGCGCU